AUGACAUUCUGGAAAAAUAAACCACCACCAUCACCAAAACCUAACACGUUAAUUCCCGAAGCAAAUGCAAAUAUAUUUUCAAAAGUUAUAUUUUGGUGGGCCGGAAAUAUAAUGAAGAUUGGGUAUAAACGUCCUUUGGAAAAAGAUGAUCUUUAUGUUUUGAAUGAUCCAAAACUAGCUAAAAACGUAACUGAUGAAUUUGAAAAAUCUUGGGAAAAGGAAUGUUCACGCAGUGAUGGGAAAAAUCCUUCUUUAUUAAAAGCUCUUAAUCGUACUUUUGGUUUCAAGUUUUGGACUUCGGGUAUUUAUCGUUUUUUGAGUGAUACCUUACAAGUCGUUUCACCUUUGUUUGUUCAGCUAUUAUUGAAAUUUGCUCAAGACUCUUGGAAUAACAAAGAUGAUCGGGAUGCUUCUCCUAAUUCUUCUAUCGGAUUCUUAUUUACUGUAAUCAUUUUCGUAAUGCAAAUAGGCUCAACACUUUUUAGCAAUUUAUAUUUUUACAAUGCCAUGGAGGUAGGAUUUCUGGUUAGAUCUGCAAUGAUCACUGCAAUUUAUCGCAAGGCUAUGUUAUUAAGUGGAAAGGCACGUAAUGCAUUUACCGCGGGAAAAAUAACGAAUUUAAUGUCAACCGACACUACGCGUCUUGAUUAUGUAUGCGGUUACUUUCACGUGAUAUGGGCUGCGCCAAUCCAACUUUUUAUAGCCCUUGGCUUAUUGAUUAGAAACCUUGGCCCUUCAGCCUUGGCAGGAUUUGGAUUGUUACUUAUAAUGAGCCCAUUUCAAGGAAAAAUUAUGCGUAUUUUGGGAAAGACGCGCUCAAAAGCUGCGAAAAUUACUGAUGAACGCGUAAAGCUUACUCAAGAAGUUUUACAAGGUAUUCGAGUUAUUAAAUAUUACGCAUGGGAAGAAAGUUUUUUGGAUACGUUGAAUGAAUUAAGGGAUAAAGAAAUGGGUUACGUUAGAUUAUUAUUGAGUAUGAGAGCUGGUGUCACUGGUGUUACUAUGGUCAUCCCGGUGUUUGCAAGUAUAUUAGCUUUUAUAGUGUAUUCGCUUACCGGAGGGGAACUUACUGCGGACGUUGUAUUUUCUUCUUUGGCUUUGUUUAAUAUCAUGAGAUUACCUUUAAUGUUUUUGCCCGUGGUAAUCGCUUCAGUUACCGAUGCUUUGGUAUCUGUAAAACGUAUUCAAGAAUUAUUCGUGGCCGAACAAUUAGAUUAUUUACCAAAAGUUAAUCCAAAUGGGGAUCAUGCCAUUAAAGUAGAUGAUGGUGAAUUCAUCUGGGAAAGUGCUCCUCCUGAAAAUUCACAAAAUGAUAAUAAAGGCAAGAAAAAACAUAAGAGAUCAAAGAAAUCAUCUAAAAAUGAGGAAAAAAUUCAUGAAGAUAAAAUAGAGAAUGUAAAUGGGAAUAAUGAAACGACAAUUUUAACACCCAUGGAUUCUGCCGAACACAUGGCAAAUGUCAAAACGCUAACUCCAUACUCACACCUUCGAAACGUUAAUCUUUCAAUACCUCGUGGUAAACUUGUUGCCGUUGUAGGAUCAGUGGGUAGCGGUAAAUCUUCUUUGCUGUCAGCGUUAGUUGGUGAAAUGAAAAAAGUACACGGGGAAGUUGAAUUUGGCGGGAAUGUUGGAUAUUGUCCUCAAACUGCUUGGAUUCAAAAUGCAACUCUGAGAGAUAACAUUCUAUUUGGUUUGCCUUUUAACGAUGAAAGGUAUCAUAAGGUUAUUAAAGAUUGUUGCCUUGAACCGGAUCUGGCCAUGUUGCCUGAUGGCGAUUUGACUGAGAUUGGAGAGAAAGGAAUUAACCUGUCAGGAGGUCAGAAGCAACGUAUCAACAUAGCUCGUGCAGUUUACUAUGAUGCAGAUAUCGUGUUGUUAGAUGAUCCUUUAUCGGCUGUAGAUUCACAUGUUGGAAACCAUCUUAUUACACAUUGCAUUAAAGGCGCUCUUAAAGAAAAAACGCGUAUCCUUGUCACUCAUCAUUUACAUGUGUUACCUUAUGUGGAUUAUGUUAUUUGUAUGGAGAAUGGUAAAAUAGCAGAGCAAGUAAAAGCUUUAAUGACCACAGAAGAACGUGUAACUGGUUCGGUUGAUAAUUCGGUUUAUUUUGCUUAUGUGAGAGCUGCAGGAGGAUAUUCGUUAUUACCUCUUCUUCUGUUUUUACUCAUAAUGACGCAAGUCACUAAUAUUGGAAAUAAUUUAUGGCUGUCUUUUUGGACAAGUCAAAAGUUUAAUAUGUCAACCGAAAAAUAUAUGGCAAUUUAUUUGGCAUGGGGAGUUUCUCAGGGAAUUUUCAGUUUGAUAAGUGGCCUAAUUUUCUCAUACGCUGGUUCUAGAGCUGCAAAAAUUUUACAUAGAAAUUCUAUUAAAAGAGUUUUACGAGCUCCAACUAAAUUCUUUGAUACAACACCGUUAGGAAGAAUUAUCAAUCGGUUCAGUAAAGAUAUUGAUACGUGCGACAAUUUACUUGCUGACACGUAUCGCAUGUUCCUUAGCACUUUAGCGAUUGUGCUUGGAACAUUUAUUUUAAUUAGCAUCGUAUUCGUAUACUUCCUUAUUCCUUUGGUUCCGCUUUUAGCAUUAUAUUAUUUUGCUGCUCUCUAUUAUCGAUCCACAAAUCGUGAAUUGAAACGUCUUGACUCCGUUUUGCGUUCAUCUCUUUAUGCACAUUUCUCGGAAUCAUUAACGGGAUUACCUACGAUUCGAGCUUAUCGUGAACAAGAUCGAUUUUUAAGAACGAACGAGCAAUUUGUUGAUAUUGAAAAUCGGGCAUACUUCCUUACAAUCGUUGUCCAACGUUGGUUGGGUCUUCGGCUUGAAUCAAUUGCAAAUGCAUUAAUAUUCUUUACAAGUUUGUUUUCUGUUAUUGGAAGAUAUAACGUAGACCCUUCGAUUACUGGUUUAGUACUAAGUUAUGCACUUCAAGUUACCGGUACUUUCAACUGGUGUGUCAGGCAAUUUGCUGAAGUGGAAGCGAAUAUGAAUGCUGUAGAACGUCUUGUAUAUUAUUCAGAUUCACUGGAUGUUGAAGCAGAACCAAUAAUUUCUGAUCAUAGACCACCACCCGAAUGGCCCGUUAAAGGAGAAGUACAUGUUAAAGAUUUGGUGAUGUCUUAUGGAUCUGAACAUCCACCCGUCUUAAAAGGAGUUACAUUUGAUAUCGUCCCAUCAGAAAAAGUUGGUAUUGUUGGAAGAACUGGUUGUGGUAAAUCAACAUUGGCGACAUCUUUCUUUCGAUUUAUUGAACCAACUUCAGGACAAAUCGAAUUGGAUGGCAUCGAUAUUACUACCAUCGGUCUUAAAGAUCUUCGAAGUAAAAUCACUAUUAUUCCGCAAGAUCCCGUUUUGUUUAACGGCACGUUAAGGAGCAAUUUGGAUCCAUUCAAAGAGCAUGAUGACGCAACAUUAUGGAAUUCUCUUCGAAGAGCUCACUUAAUUCAAGAAGAUUCAGAUAAUGAGAAUACGGAUUCCACGUUAAAUGGAUCCUUAAAUGAAAAAUCACCCGUGAUAAAUGAAUCGAUACCACAACAAAGCAAACAAGAAACGUUGACACUUGAUUCACCUGUCAAUGAGAAUGGAAGUAAUUUUUCACAAGGUCAACAACAAUUAAUAGCAUUAGCAAGAGCAUUAGUACGACAUUCUAAAUUAAUUAUAAUGGAUGAAGCAACAGCCAGUGUAGAUUUUAAGACUGAUCAUUUAAUUCAAACUACAAUAAGAGAAGAAUUUAAAGAUUCGACAGUAUUAACCAUCGCUCAUCGGUUAAGGACCGUUGCUGAUUAUGAUAAAAUUUUAGUUAUGGAUGCUGGAAAUAUAAUAGAAUACGAUAUGCCAUAUAUAUUAAUGCAAAAACCUGAUGGGAUGUUUAGGGGAAUGUGUGAAAGAAGCGGCGAACUUAAUGAAUUAUUGGAAGUUGCAAAAGAGAAAUAUGAAAAACAAAAAGAACGAAAAACGUGA